GCGUCAGUCGAUCCUCACAAUCGCGCAAAACGUACGAAGUCCGCAUACGCCAGUGAAAACGCAAGGAGGCGCACGCGCAUGCAAUUUCCGUCUCCAUUCUUAAUCCUUGCAAAAACAAUGCUUAUUUAAAAAACUAUUUCUCAGUGACACAGUGCUUGUUUUAUAGUAUCAAGACGAUAACAUUUUCAAACGUUGUGUAGUUAAGCAUUUUAUGAUAAGGUUUUUCUUCCGAUUUGCGACUGCGGUACAAUAUUAUAAUAUACACAUUUUCCAUGUAUCAAGAACACCGAAGACGGAAUCUUAAAGCCGGUGGCUGGAGAACGAAAAACUUUCCUACAUAGGUCGUUCACCUCCGCCAAAACAGCAAGGAAUUAAAACAAGUAGACCUUCACCGGAAUAAAGAUGCAGUUCAUUCGGGCAUUUUUCAAACGGAUUACGGACGAUUUAAAACUAAAGAAGUUGAUACCACUGAAGAUUCUAUUCUUCGUACAUGCAUCGACCCUGUUUGUCCUGUACCCGUACUUGACGAUCCAUAUGCGUGAGCUGGGCAUCAACGUGGAAGAGACGGCCAUCAUGUCGGCGGUGACGCCCGUCAUCUCUAUUAUCAUGCCGCCGCUCGCCGGCAUGCUCGCUGACAAGAUCGGCAACUUCAGGCUGCUGUUGGCGCUGUCGUCUGCACUGGGCGGGGUAUCGGCGCUGCUGCUGCUAGCGGUGCCAGUGGGUCGCAUCACGGUCACCUACCCGCCUGCCGCGCAGUUGCUCAGCACGUGCAGCGCCGGCGCCCUGCAGCUGCGUUCUCUGCCGGGCUACCCCUGCACGCCGUUACAUCCAUACGCCUUUGAUGUCAACUUGACGGUCUUGUCUUGCGGGUUUGUUUGCGAGAUACCAGGCGAAGUUUCUUCCAAAGAAAUUGAUGCUAUGAUCCACACGAAUUCUUAUGACGUACGAUUACAAUCGAACUCCCAUGAUCAACGCCUGCUAUACCGUCAUACGGUAUCUCCUCUACCGACCAGAAGCAAAGUCCUCAUGAAAGAUCAAAGCACUUCAAGAAUCAUGACUGACGAUCCUUUCUUCAAUUCUACAGUCUCAAGAUUAUCAGACAAUGAGUUAUUUUUCCCAGCUCCGACGCUCUACCAGAUGCAAUGUACGCAAAACGAAAACAACGCGACCUGUCUAUUUGGAAGGAGAAAUUUUCUAAACGAUCUGGAAGUUGAUAACGAACAAAAUUCUAAUACAGAAUAUCGUAUGCGGAUAUCACAUGACGUUCAGAAAUCCUCCACCGAAGUGAAGGAUUAUUGGGUUAACGCAAUAUCAAUUGGCAACGGAACGAAGUAUGACGCAGAUUACGAAGGAGUUGACAGUAUGACUUGCGAGGAUAAUUUUAUUGGGGAUGAAGACGUGGAUAAUGUUAGAGUGAAGACAGGCUCCAGACUAUUGACUAGAUGUUCGUCCGCGUGCGCCGCUCUCACGCCUCGGAAGAACUUGUGCGAGAACUUCCAACAACAGAUAGAGCUCGAUCCCACAUUCACGUUCUGGGCGUACAUGGCUGUCAGAGUAUUCAUUGGAAUUAUCGGUGGUACAGCAUUCGCGAUGUUCGAAGGCGCUGUAAUUGCUAUAAUCAGAGACCAGCGGGCGGACUACGGCCUGCAGAGGGUGUACGGCAGCAUCGGAGGCAUGAUCUCAUCUCCUCUCUCCGGGCUGCUCAUUGACUACGCGAGCAGGGGUAAAGGAUACACGGACUUCAGACCAGCGUUCUACUUGUAUGCGGUUUUGAAAGUCCUGUCUGGUGCGCUGAUGUUGAGCAUAGAUUUAGAAUUCAAACAACCAGCUCAGAAUCUUCUAGAAGAUGUCAUAUCUGUUUUCCGGAAUAUUGAAAUCGUUGCAUUGUUUAUUGCAUGCUUUAUAAUGGGUACCGCAUGGGGUUACAUCGAGAGUUUCCUGUUCUGGCUACUGCAAGACCUGGGGGCGUCCAGAUCGCUGAUGGGCAUCACGAUUACAGUCGGAGGCAUCGCUGGCCUUCCUUUGCUCGUUCUAUCAGGACCCAUCAUCAACAAACUGGGUCAUGCCAAUGUACUGUUCAUUGGAUUUGUCUUCUAUGCUAUUAGAUUACUUGGAUAUUCGUUGAUCUACAAUCCUUGGCUGUGCCUGAUCUUCGAAGCGCUGGAGUCGGUGACGUCAUCACUGUCGUUCACCGCGGCCGUGACAUACGCGGCGCGUCUCUCCUCUGUUACCACUGACACCUCCGUGCAAGGGCUGCUCGGCGGUCUUUACUAUGGAGUUGGCAAGGGAUCUGGAAGUUUGAUAGGUGGAUAUUUAAUGAAAUUCGUCGGUACGAGGCCGACAUACCAGAUAUUUGCAAUCGCGACGUUACUAACAGGAUGCGUCUAUUACCUAUUUAACAAGUUCUACAUCGGGAAACGUCCUUAUAAUGAUGACAACGACAUCUGCAAGAAGAAACCUCCAACUUUAGAUGUUGAAGACUGCGAAGUGACCAAGAAAGAAAACGAUAAGCCAAUUGCACCGCUAGAUGUCGUUAGUAGGAUUGAGAAUGAUAAAUUAAAGGGUCCUAUUAUAGAGAGUGGACCAAAAAAUAACCAACAAGUUAAAGGUGUGACAGAAAUUGACGGCGGUAGUGACUCUGGUGUAGACAAUCCGGCGUAUGCUGAGAGUGAAGCCUCCAAUGACGUGAUACAAAAGGAUGACUGCAAAAUUACCAAGUAGCUCUUGUGAUAUUAAGUAUUUCAAAACUUACAAACUAGAUUUACAAAAUUAUGUUUACUGUUGUUGUAAGAAAAUGU